AUGGCAGCGGCUGCUACAAACUAUAAGUUGAAGUCACAUGGCCCUUCCCUCUGUGACAUCACAAUGAAACGAGAUAUCAAUGAAACAUUUUAUCCAUUUUGUACAAUCAAUGAAGCAAACAGAUAUGUAGAAUCUUUCCCAGUUUGCCCACUCUCUGAAGAAACUACCAGAGAUGUUGUGAUUUCCCAGGAACGGCCCCGGCCGGUACCUUUAUUGCUUCCUGAAGAUAUUACAUGCGAUGGCUUGCUGUGUCCUAUUCCAAAUAGAGACAAUCAGCUCAUUAAAUCAAAUGAAGAGCUGAGAAGCGCCAUCAUCCAGGGAAUGUCUCCUAUAGAAAAUAUGAACAGUGAUGCACAGAAAGAAAUGAGCAUAUGGGAAACCCUUAUGGACAUUGGCUCUCCAAUUAGCAUAUUCUUUAUUUUGCUGGAUCUGUGCUCUAUCUACUGGUAUGUAAGGAGUAAACCCAAAAAGGACGAUGAUAUUCCUGCUAAUAGUGAGGCCCAAAGCAAAGAGGAACAAAGGGAAAGUCUAGAGAAUGUUGAGAGCCAGGAGAAUAGAAAUGAGAAGGAACAUGAAGCCCAUAGACCAGUUGGCAGGAAAAAGAAUCCUCAUUUCCACAGAUAUAUCAGUCCCAUGAAAGAACAAGUUUGUUUUGUUACUAGAGACCAAAUCCCAAGAAAGAAACCAAUGACAAAGGCUUCUUUAGAUGCCCCGGUUACUGCUGUGCCCAGUCACAGCCAAACUUCUCCACCGGCAAUGGCACCAAAGGAAGAGGUCAAGUACAUGAUUAUUGCUGUGCCCAGAUACAGCCAAACUUCCACACCGGCAACGGCACCAAAGGAAGAAGUUAAGGCCCCGGUUACUGCUGUGCCCAGUCACAGCCAAACUUCUCCACCAGCAAUGGCACCAAAGGAAGAAGUUAAGACCAUGAUUACUGCUGUGCCCAGAUACAGCCAAACUUCUCCACCGGCAAUGGCACCAAAGAAAGAAGUUAAGGUGAAUAUAAGGAAUUGUCUGUACGUUAAAUUGAGAAGAUUUCUCAGUUGCCACUUCCCGACAAGAUUCUAAUUAAUAACACAAAGGCAAAAAGAAUGACUUCUAAAGUUUAUCUGCCAUUACAUGGAAGGAGUUAAUACGUCAGAACAAAGAGAAGAAUCACAAAUAAAGUCAGAACCCAGAUCAGCCUAUGGGAAGGGAUGUGACUUUCUUAGGGCGUGACCCAAACCCAAUGUUCUUAAUAGUGGUGAAUGUCUGCUUAUCACCCUAAUAGAACAUCUACUUCCUAUGGCUUUUAAUAAAAUGUAAUAAAAAUUAA